GGCUUAAAUAUCGCUAUAAAAAUUUAUAUCAGUCAAUUGAUUGUAGUUUUUGACUAUUUCAAUUGUAAUGAUGUUGUUACUUAAAAUCUUUGGCGUGUUUUUUACGACAAGCUGUUUUAUAGAAUCUAUCAAGGCUAAGAAUAUCAGUAACACCAAUAACAUGGUAAAUUAUGUUGAAGUAGUAUAUAGUGAAGAAUUUAUAAAGACAGUGAUGAAUGACUAUAAAACAUUUGAAAUGUAUAGCGAUAAAGGACCAAUAAUAUUUACUGAUGAGGAUUUAAAUUACUUGACAAAUUAUUGUAACGGAAACAAUAAAUGUAUCGAAAAAAAAAUGCUGUCCGAAAUCAAAUACAAACAAAAAAUAGAAGCUUUACAAUGUGUUAACGGUUUAGUAGUAUAUUGUUUAUUGCAUGAUAUAAAAAGAGUGAAAUCAUACAAUAUGCAACAAAAAUUUAAUGACAAAUAUUAUUCUAACCUCAGAGGUAUUAUGUCUCGAAUGAUUUUCUUGUUAUAUACUGGUAAAGUCAAUGCCCAUAAUUGGUUUUGGAAAAUUUUCAUUCGGAUAAUUGCUGCUGAUGACAAUCCUAGUGAUUUCUCCCUAAAAAGUAAUGAAGAUUUUGUAUUAUACGAAAAAUUGUUGAUUGAAUAUUUUAACUUAUGUCAAGAAAAUAACUACCUGCCUACUUUGCAUUCCAAUGAGGAGGAAGAUCAAUCAAAUAUACUUUACGGUAUAAAUAAAACAGACAUAGAUGCUUUCAUUAAUAAUUACGAAAAUUUCAGUGAAAUAGAUAUAGAAAAUUCUAAAAUAUUCAAUAUAGACAAUUUUAUUUUACGAGAUAAAUUUCACAAAAUUAGUGACUUGUUUGUACUUUCUAGUAAUUGUAAUUUUUACUGGAAUGGGUACGCAAAAAUUCUACAGGGUCAAAAAAGUGAUUUAAAACAACUAUCUCAAUAUUAUUUAAUACAAUGGAUAAAUGAACCAUUCAACUUAGUAAAGUAUCAAAACCAUUUGGUUCGUGUAAUCAAAGUAAAUAUUUACUAUGUUAUAUGGUUGCAGUUUAAGUUACUAAAAAAAAUUCUAAUUAAAAAUAAAAAUUAUGGACAUGUCAAUAUAUUAAUAAGCUCUAUAUUUUCAAACUUAGCUUGUGAAGUAUUAUCGUCAAUAAUUUUUCUUCAAAGUAAUAAUCAAACAUUACGGUUAAUAUAUAACCAAAUGUUGACUUAUAAGAAAAAAUUAGUAUUUGAUGAAUCCGUAGAACGAAAAUUAGAAUCAAUGAGUGAAGAGUUAAAAAGCAUCAUUAUUCAAGAAUUAAAAAUUAUAGAUGUUAAACAGAACAUAAUUUCGGAUUUUAAAAACAAUUUAGGCAUGGAUGAACUUCAAAAUCCCAGAUCUUCAGAAGCAAUCAUUAUUGAUUUAGUAACAAUAGGAGCUAUAAGCAGUGAUUAUUUUACAUUUUGGAACAGUCAUUUGGAUAACCAAAGUAUACCUGAAAUAACUAAUCUAGCAAAGAGUAUUUUUGAAGUUUAUAUUGUAUUUAACAAUUAUAUUAUUAACUUGAAAAAACAAUUAUAUCCUUUAGAUUUUUAUUUUAUCAAAUUUUUCAUUAAUGGUUCAUUAACAUUAAAUAAAACUUUUUUCCCUAGAAAAGUUUAAAA